ACGACGCCGGAACGUGAUAUAAGGACGGCUGGGCGGGGUCUGGUCACUCCUCUUCCGCGCAGGAUGGAGGCCGUGCUCAAUGACCUGGUUGCUGUGGAGGAUCUUGUGAGAUUUGAGAAGAAGUACCUGGCCGAAGUCGGCGCCGGCGCGCUCAGUAAGAGCACCCAGUUUGAAUACGCCUGGUGUUUGAUCCGCAGCAAGUACUCCGACGACAUCCAGAAAGGGGCUGUGCUUCUGGAAGAUCUUUUGCCAAAAGGAGGUAAAGAGGAACAGCGGGAUUACCUGUUUUACCUGUCAGUGGCACAUUACCGGCUAAAGGAAUAUGAGAAGUCACUUAAGUAUGUCCGAAGUCUUCUGCACAAGGAACCAAAGAACACCCAGGCCCUGGAGCUGGAGAAAGUGAUAGAGAAAAAGAUGCAAAAAGAAGGACUAGUUGGCAUGGCCAUCGUCGGCGGGAUGGCCCUGGGAGUUGCCGGUCUCGCUGGGCUCAUCGGUCUGGCUAUUUCCAAAUCCAAAUAAAGAAAUUUUUGCCACUCAAGGCCUCUUUAUUCCUUUUGCACAAUUUUAUCCCGGUCAUCAGCCUCCUCCUAAUCGCACCAGCUGCGGAGACCUCCAGAUACAAGCCUGGUCAUCUCACCGUGUGGCAGGAACCAGCAGUUACCUAAUCGCCUAGCGUAGAUGCCUUGGACACUUGCUAAUAAUCUGUAACAUGUAGCGGAGCCUGAACGCCUAUCAUCUAUGCCACGUUAUCGGUCACUGUGCUCCUCCGUUACGAUUACUGUCUAGUCCUCUUAAUAUUGAGCGAGAAUGAAUCCUGUGCUUUGUUUAUUUGUACAAUGAAAUUCUCUUACCCUCUAUAAAGGUGUGUUCUCCUAAAGCUGCUGCGUACACUGCUUAAAUGGCAGAAGUACAGUAUGUACACGCUUCACUAGUUUCUUAUAGUAUUGGAAAUUCUGACACGGAUUCCCCCGAGGCCUACCGGCUUCCCAGUAACUAUUAAUUGUCCGGCUCUGAAAUCAUUCUGUCCUUGUAGCUCGGGCUUUGUGCUUCGAGAUAUCGAUUUACGUUAACAAAAUCUCACCGCCAGACCCGUUUUUCAGGCUCUCUGGGUCUGUAAUGGUUUUUGCGUUGUUAAAAAAUUUCAGUAGCAUUGUUUGGAAUCAGCAGGGGGCGCUGUGCAGCCGUUCUCUUCAUCACUCUCCUUCCAAGGCUUCGUUCUCGGCGCUCUGGGAUGUUUGCGUCCUGGGCCGGGUUAUCGAGUCACUGGACCCCAGAUAAAUAUUUGGAGACUUGUUGAUUCUCCGUCGUCAAGGACCAGUCACAUUGUGUUUGGAAGACAAUGACCGAGCACAGCGGAGUCUGCCUCUGUUUGCUCAGGUGAGAUCAUCUUGGCUAAGGGAUUGAUUGAACCGUGCAUUGGUGACUUCUGCAAACUCGCCCAGAUGAAAGCUUGUUUUGUUCAGCCGCAGAUUGCGGAGUUUCAUGUAAAGUUCUAGAUAGCUCAGAAACCCAGAAAUAAUUAUUUAUUAAUAAAAUGUCUGCUCGCA